ACCAUUCGCCAUUCUUUUCGUGUACAUCGGAACAGCAGCAACUCCUGAGCUAUUUUUACAGUGAAUACAAACAGUAUUAAAUAUAAAAACAAUUUCAUACAGUUUUUUCGUUCAUUACCCGUUCAACAAACAAAUCAAACAUGCCAAUCAUUAAGUUGCAAUCAUCAGAUGGCGAAAUUUUCGAAACUGAUGUUCAGAUCGCCAAGUGCUCGGGCACCAUCAAAACCAUGUUAGAAGAUUGUGGCAUGGAUGAAGAGGAGGAGGCAGUUGUACCAUUGCCAAAUGUUAAUUCGGCUAUUUUACGUCGUGUGUUGCAAUGGGCCAACUAUCACAAGGACGAUCCAAUUCCAACUGACGAUGACGAAAAUAAGGAAAAACGCACCGAUGACAUCUCAUCAUGGGAUGCCGAUUUUCUCAAAGUUGAUCAAGGUACAUUGUUCGAACUGAUUUUGGCUGCCAAUUACUUGGACACCAAGGGUUUAUUGGACGUUACAUGCAAAACGGUUGCUAACAUGAUCAAGGGAAAAUCACCAGAAGAGAUCCGGAAGACUUUCAACAUCAAGAACGACUUCACACCGGCUGAAGAAGAUCAAGUUCGUAAGGAAAAUGAGUGGUGUGAAGAGAAGUAAACAUUCACCGGACUGUUCUUGACUACAAACAAAACAAAAAAACAUCAACUUUAAUUUUACUUUCUCAAAUUUUUUUUUUAUUUCUAUUAAUUAAAGUUAGAAAAAUCUAAGAAUACAAAAUAAAUAAAACCAAAUCA